AGACAGAGGAGGAAGAUUCGAAGAAAAAGAAGAGCAGCCAAGAAGGAGAAGAAGCAGCGAAGAAGAAGACAAAAAAGGAGCAUACCUGGUUAGUAGUUACGCAAAAUCUGAAGUUUGAUGUCGAAUUUCUCUUGCCCUAAUCGCAGCUCAGAGGGAAAAUGGGGAGUGAUUUGAAGACAUGGGUAUCGGACAAGUUGAUGUCACUCUUGGGAUAUUCUCAGCCUACAGUAGUUCAAUAUGUGAUUGGGUUAUCAAAGACAACUUCGUCACCCUCUGACUUCGUGGGUAAGCUUGUGGAUAUUGGGUUGUCGGCCAGUACUGAAACACGUGCCUUUGCAGAAGAGAUUUAUGCAAAAGUUCCACGUAAAGCUUCAGGGAUUAAUCUUUAUCAGAAACAAGAACGAGAGGCAGCAUUGCUAGUUAGGAAGCAGCAGACUUACACACUUUUGGAGGCUGAUGAUGAAGACAAUGAUGCUGGUGGUGGCAGUGGAAAUGGUUCUUCUGUUCUUCCAUCAUCUCAGUCCAGAAAAGCGGAUUCUCGCAAGAAACGUUUCAGGAAGAAGAUUGAAAAUCAGGAAGAUGAAGAUGAUGAGGUAGUUGCAAACAGUGAAGAAGAAAGACGGGUUAAAAGACGGACUUCUCAGGAUGAUGAUGAUGGUUCUGAGUCGGAGGAAGAACGAUUGCGUGACCAAAGAGAGAGGGAGAAGUUAGAGCGCAACAUCAAAGAGCGGGAUGCAGCAGCAACAAGGAAGCUAGCUGAGCCAAAAUUAACACAGAGGGAGGAAGAAGAAGCUGUUCGGAGAUCUAAUGCUUUGGAGGAAGAUGACAUUGGAGCUAUAAGGAAAGUUUCAAGGCAAGAGUAUUUGAAGAAAAGGGAGCAAAAGAAACUGGAGGAGCUCAGAGAUGAUAUAGAAGACGAGCAGUAUCUAUUUGAUGGUGUAAAAUUGACUGAAGCAGAAUAUCGUGAACUGAGAUAUAAGAAGGAAAUAUAUGAGCUUGUGAAGAAGCGGUCUGAAGAGGCUGAUAAUAUAGAUGAGUAUAGGAUGCCGGAAGCCUAUGAUCAGGAAGGGAUUGUAAACCAGGAGAAGAGAUUUUCUGUUGCUCUGCAGCGUUACAGGGACACAAAUGCUGGAGAAAAAAUGAAUCCAUUUGCAGAACAAGAAGCAUGGGAGGACCAUCAGAUUGGAAAGGCAACCCUCAAAUUUGGUUCGAAAGAUAAAAAAAAAUCUGAUGAUUAUCAGUUUGUGUUUGAGAACCAGAUUGAUUUCAUAAAGGCAUCAGUGAUGGAUGGAGUCAAUUUUCAAGAUGAGUUGCUCACUGAGUCCCUUGAAGAAUCUAUGGCGAAAUCAGCAUUUGAGAAGCUUCAGGAGGACAGAAAAACUUUGCCUAUCUAUCGAUAUCGAGAUGAGUUGCUUCAAGCAGUUCAAGAUCAUCAGGUUCUUGUUAUUGUUGGAGAGACGGGCUCAGGAAAAACUACUCAAAUACCACAAUAUCUACAUGAGGCUGGGUACACGGAACGUGGAAAGAUUGGAUGUACCCAGCCACGGCGAGUUGCUGCUAUGAGCGUUGCUGCUCGAGUUUCUCAAGAAAUGGGUGUCAAACUUGGUCAUGAGGUUGGUUACUCAAUUCGUUUUGAAGAUUGCACUUCAGAUAAGACAGUUCUGAAAUAUAUGACUGAUGGUAUGUUACUUCGGGAAUUCCUUGGUGAACCUGAUCUCGCAAGUUACAGUGUGGUGAUGGUGGAUGAGGCCCAUGAAAGAACUCUCUCAACUGACAUUUUGUUUGGUUUAGUUAAGGAUAUUUCACGGUUUCGUCCUGAUCUCAAGUUGCUCAUCUCCAGUGCAACUCUCGAUGCCGAGAAGUUCAGUGAUUAUUUCGAUUCUGCUCCAAUUUUUAAAAUCCCUGGCAGAAGGUUUCCUGUUGAGAUACACUACACAAAAGCACCAGAAGCUGAUUACUUGGAUGCAGCCAUUGUCACUGCCCUUCAGAUUCACGUGACACAAGAACCCGGUGAUGGUGAUAUAUUGGUCUUCCUCACCGGACAAGAGGAAAUUGAAACGGCAGAGGAGAUACUAAAACAUAGGACAAGAGGGCUUGGUACUAAAAUUCCGGAGCUCAUUAUAUGCCCUAUUUAUGCAAACCUUCCAACAGAGCUACAAGCAAAAAUAUUUGAACCCACUCCUGAAGGGGCACGUAAGGUUGUACUCGCCACAAAUAUAGCAGAAACUUCGUUAACGAUUGAUGGGAUCAAGUAUGUCAUUGAUCCGGGAUUUUCCAAGAUGAAAUCAUAUAAUCCCCGGACUGGAAUGGAGUCAUUAUUGGUCACUCCCAUUUCCAAAGCAUCGGCAAAUCAACGGGCUGGUAGAUCUGGACGAACGGGUCCUGGGAAGUGUUUUCGGUUGUAUACGGCAUAUAAUUAUUAUAAUGAUUUGGACGACAAUACUGUCCCAGAGAUACAGCGGACCAACCUGGCAAAUGUCGUUCUUAGUCUCAAGAGCCUUGGCAUUCAUGACUUGCUCAAUUUUGAUUUCAUGGACCCACCACCUGCUGAAGCAUUACUUAAAGCCCUGGAACUGCUCUUUGCUUUGAGUGCCUUGAAUAAGUUAGGGGAGUUGACAAAAGUGGGUAGAAGAAUGGCGGAGUUCCCUCUGGAUCCUAUGCUAUCUAAAGUGAUUGUAGCAUCGGAGAAAUACAAAUGCUCUGAUGAAAUCAUAUCCAUUGCCGCCAUGCUUUCUGUUGGAAGCUCAAUCUUUUACCGCCCAAAGGACAAACAAGUCCAUGUUGACAAUGCACGAUUGAAUUUUCACACUGGGAACGUCGGAGACCAUAUCGCAUUGCUGAAGGUCUACAGUUCCUGGAAAGAAACCAACUACUCAACACAGUGGUGCUAUGAGAAUUACAUCCAGGUUCGGAGUAUGAAGCGUGCAAGAGACAUACGAGAUCAAUUGGAGGGGCUAUUGGAGAGGGUUGAAAUUGAACUGACAUCAAACUCCAAUGAUCUAGAAGGAAUAAAGAAGGCUAUAACAGCAGGCUAUUUCCCUCAUUCUGCGAGGCUACAGAAGAGUGGAUUUUAUAAGACAGUUAAGCAUCCCCAGACUGUUCAUAUUCACCCCACCUCUGGUUUAGCACAGGUGCUCCCAAGAUGGGUUGUUUACCAUGAACUGGUUCUGACAACCAAGGAGUACAUGCGGCAGGUUACUGAAUUAAAACCUGAAUGGUUGGUGGAAAUAGCUCCUCACUAUUAUCAGUUGAAGGAUGUGGAGGAUUCUGGAUCAAAGAAAAUGCCUCGUGGAGAGGGACGUGCAUCUUAGGAUUGAUCAUGUGGUCUGCUUGGGGAAGAUAGGAGGUGCUGAGAGCAGAGUAUCAAUUGCGUCUUCAGCUUAGCAUGUUUGAUUCCUCUGAAGCCGGGAUAGUUGUCUCACUCGGGUUUUACGUAAUGGUCUUUCGCCCAAUUUUGGUGAUGCCGUUGUUGCAAGCAAUGGCAUUUUGUUGAUCCAAGCAUGCAAUUGUGGUUGCUCGACAUCAACUGUGGCUGACUUGAAUUUGUCAGUCUCAAGUGAAACUAAGUUGAGCUUGAGCUUGUUUGGAGGGGGCUUUGGGCAGGAGCCAAUCCCUAAAAUAGCCUAGAAUCAUAGAGUCCACUGUUCAUGCUGAUUGUGCCAAGUGGGAAGAAUUUACAUAGCUUAGACCUUAGGGUUUCAUUAAAAAUGUGAAAAAUUUUCCUCUUCAUUUUCAUUCAUUUUUGUAUAUAUGCAUAAUGUAUGUAGUGUUUGGAGAUUGAGGCAGUGUAGAGAGGAGAGUGGAAAUAGAGAAACUUUUCAUUGCAAAAAUUGAGGAAAUCAAAAGGUACAUGUUUAGGGUAUUUGUGUUCAUGAA